AUGUCUUCUGGACAGGAAGCUGCUGGCAUGGCGGCGGACGGCAUGGCGGCGGGAGGACAAUCAGGCACGGGCAACGGAGGUACGUCGUCGUUCAGGGGUUCUUACAGAGACGCUCUUGUGAACAACGGGCCUCAGGGGCGGAACGCGGCCAACCAAGGUACAGUUUCGGCUUCAGACAAAGAGAAGGGCAGGGCCGUUGAUGAGGUCGGGCCUGAUGGCGGCGACAAGUUGGCGGAUAGGGUGGGCAAGCUCCGCAUCGAAGACAAGCAAGAGCAGGAGCCAGCUGCCACCCCCAACUCUCCGGAGGCCGAACAGCAGGCGACUCUCACGACAAGCCCUUGCAGCGCGGACGGUUCUGCCAAGGGGCCGUCAGCAUCGUCUGGCAGCUCCGACUUGAACCCGCAAGCCAGUGCGUUCAAGCCAGUCCCGCCACCCGCGGCUGCAUCGUCACCAAGCGCCGGAAAAGUGUUUGAAGCACGCGAGGUCGCAUACGGCAACUUGGGGGUCUUUGCAGCCACCCGCAUUCCUCGUGGCACACUCAUCCUCGUUGAAGAACCGCUCCUCGCGACCACGAGCCUAGUUGCGCAGUCCGUGUGGGUCCCGUACUGCCAGCUCGACGACUCGGCAAAGGCGGCUUACGACUCGCUGUUUGCCUGUGCGCCUGAACACCUCGACCUCGAAUACAUUAGCCGCACAUGCUUGGUUGAACAGCACCUGCUUGCAGACGAGCUUGGAGUCAGGUCCAUCGUUGCCAAGCACGUCCGCGUCAUGAGCAUCUUCAUGAACAACAACAUCCAGACGCCAUUCGGCCAGUUCUGCAUCUACGUGAUUGCUUCUCGCUUCAACCACUCCUGUGUGCCGAACGUGUACCAGUCAUGGAACAGUACCACUAAGCAGCUCCAAGUCCAUGCUGUUCGAGACAUCGAGCCAGACGAGCAGCUCUACGUCACCUACCUCGGCAGUCAGGGGAAUUACUACCUUCGGUCCCAGCGCAUCGAGAUCCUGCGUUCGAACUUCGGCUUCACCUGUCAUUGCAAGUCGUGCGCGGAUCCGACCAACAAGUCAGACAAGCGUCGUGAGAGGACUGCCUUGGUGGGUUGGGGUCUCGAGCAAUUCGAAGCAGGGAUAGACGGAACCAGCAACCAGUACAUCCCGAACAACGCCGACAUCGCGCUGCUGCAGGCGAAAGAUUUUAUUGCGCUUCUGCUCAAUGAAGGCAUCCACACGCUCGAUCUCGCCAAAGCCUACCACACGGCUUCCGUACGUGCGCUUGCGGUAAAGGACUUCGACAAAGCGAUCGAUUUCUGCCACAAGGAGAUCGAAGUGGAGCGCAACUGCCUGGGCGUGGAGCGGGAGGGGUUGUUCACCAUGAGGAUGGCGGCUGAGUGCUGGAGGGCCGAAUUGCUGUACCGUAUUCGCAACGAGGCGGGAUACGAGCAGGCGAUUAAGUACAUGACUGAGGAAGAGAGGGAGACGAUCGAGGGAGCGGUGGAGGGAGCGCAAGAGGAAGGGCGGAAGAAGCACAAGAAGAGCAAGCGCAAGCCUAACAAGAAAGGUCAGGGGGAGGUGACCGGGUGGGAGCAGGGCGGAGGUCAGGGCGGGGAGACGUCGGCGCCGCCCUCCGGGUGGUGA